AGCAAAAUUGUGAACAGUGAAAACGAAUUUCUCUUGUUUUUCCCGUUAAAAGGGAAUACUUUUGUGCGUUACCAUAUAAUUUCCAUCUCUUUCUUGUAAUGUACAUGGCAGUCUUACUUCCUUUUUCUCUUUUUCUGAAACUUAUCAUUUCAUACUUUUCUCUCCAUUGAAGUAGGUUUUGGAAGAGAAAGAGUGAGUGAGACAAUGUCUACUUCCGACCGUUUCAUGGAUACUGUGUUUUCUUGGUCACUUGAAGACAUUUUCAAUGACAAUCUGUACAAAAAUCAGGUGAAGAAGAUUCCUGAAUCAUUCGAUUCAGCUCUGCAUUAUUUUGGGUCCUAUUCAUUUCCUUUAUUAGAGGAAACUCGUGCAAAGGUGCAGUCGAGUAUGGAAACCAUUGACAGAGCACCAUUUGCUGAAGUGGUUGCUUUUAAUGAAUCCAAGUCCAAGUUUGAUGAAACAUGGAUAUAUAAUAUCAAGGUUGAUGAGUGGCGAAACAGGUUCAGCGAACGUGGAAAGGAACCAUACAAAACUUUGCCUGGGGAUCUUUUUGUCUUAGCAGAUGCGAAACCCGAAACUGUUUCUGAUUUACAAAGGGUAGGGAGGUCAUGGACUUUUGUAUCGGUCACUAACAUCACGGAAAAUAAAAUCUCAGAAAAUAAGAGAGAAGAUGAAUUUAAUGAUGAGAUAAUAGAGACUGAAAUAAAAGAGUUUAAAGUCAAGGCAUCAAAAAGGUUUCAAGUCAACGAUAACAAGAGCACUCCGGCAUCAGUAUUUGUUGUUUUCCUUGUGAAUUUGAUCACUAAUAGCAGAAUAUGGGCAGCAUUGCACAUGUUUGGAAACCUGAAGAUUAUCAAGGAUGUUUUGUGCACUCAUUCUGUGGCUCAGGAAAACUAUCCUCCCUCGUAUGAAAUGAAUGCUGACAUUCGGGAUAAGCUGUUAUUUGAGUGUUCAUCUUCUGGAUUGAAUGAGUCACAAACUGGGGCAGUUUUGGCCUGUCUUGAAAUGCUGUUUUGUGAUUCCAAGUCGUCUACUUUGCAACUUAUAUGGGGUCCACCUGGGACAGGGAAAACUAAAUCCACCGCUACUCUGCUAUUGACCCUGUUAAGGAUGAAUUGUAGGACUCUUGUUUGUGCCCCAACAAAUGUUGCAGUAACUGAAGUAGCUUCUCAUCUUGUAGAGAUGGUGACUGAAGCAGAGUCCAGUGCUUUGUUUUGUCCUCUGGGAAAAAUUCUUUUAUUUGGGAAUAAAGAGGGACUCAAAGUUGGUUCUGAUAUUGAAGAUAUAUAUUUGGAUCACCGUGUUGAAAGUCUUUUCGAAUGCCUGGGGCCGGUGACAGGUUGGAGUAGUUGCUCUUCUUCCAUGAUUGGACUUCUUGAGGAUUGUGUUUCACAUUACCAUAUUUUCUUGGAAAAUGAGUUAGCCAAAGAGAAAAAACAAAACGGUGAUGGUGAACUGGUGAGGAAAGGUUGCGGAAGUGAGACCGAAGUUAGCAAGGGGAAGGGCAAAUCGUUUCUUGAAUUUUUCAGAGAGAGAUUUGUUCCUACUGCAUUACCCUUAAAAUGUUGUAUUGCUACCUUCUGUACCCAUAUAAGCCAAGAUUACAUUUCGGCACAAAAUUUCCAAGACAUGAUUUCGCUUUUAGGGUUAGUUGAUUCCUUUGGACUACUAUUGUUGCAAGGUAAUGUUGAUUCUGAAGUAUUGGAAGAGCUUUUCUCUCGUUCAGAAGUUGAAGAUGUGCCAGAGCCAGUAGGCGACACAUUUCAUCUGUACAUGAAGAGACGAAAGUGCCUUUCAGUAUUACGUACUCUUCAGAAUUCGAUUAGAGGACUUGACCUUCCAGAUGUCAGGAACGAAAAAUCUGUAAUGGAGUUCUGUUUGCAAAGAGCUUCCUUAAUAUUUUGCACUGCAUCCAGUUCGUUUAAACUGCAUAGAGUGGAAAUGGAGCCACUGACUGUUGUUGUUAUCGAUGAGGCUGCACAAUUGAAGGAGUGCGAGUCAACGAUACCACUGCAACUUCCAGGUGUGAAGCAUGCCGUUCUUGUUGGUGAUGAAUGUCAGUUACCAGCUAUGGUGAAAAGCAAUGUGUCCUAUGAAGCUGGUUUUGGUAGAAGCUUGUUUGAGAGGCUGAGCUCAAUGGGUCACUCUAAACACCUUCUAAACAUGCAAUACAGAAUGCAUCCAUCAAUAAGUUCCUUCCCAAAUUCAAGUUUCUACUAUAACCAGAUCCUGGAUGCUCCUAAUGUUAAAAGGAGAAGCCAUGAGAAACACUUUCUUCCAGGGUCAAUGUUCGGUCCUUAUUCUUUUAUUAAUGUAAUUGAUGGAAGAGAGGAGAAGGACGAGGAUGGACAUAGUCCAAAGAAUAUGGUAGAGGUUGCAAUUGCUUUGAAAAUACUGCAGAAUUUGUACAAAAAAUGGGAUGUUUCAAAAGAGAAGCUCAGUAUUGGUGUAAUUUCUCCUUAUGCAGCUCAAGUAGCUGCACUUCAGGAUAAACUUGGACAGAAGUACGAUAAGCUUGAUGGCUUUAAAGUGAAGGUGAACACAGUUGAUGGGUUCCAGGGUGGGGAAGAGGACAUAAUUAUCAUGUCCACUGUGCGAUCCAAUCAACAUCACUCACUCGGUUUUAUAUCGAAUCCACAAAGAGUUAAUGUUGCUCUUACUAGGGCUCGGCACUGCCUUUGGAUUUUGGGAAAUGAAAGAACUCUUUGUGGUAGCGAAUCUGUUUGGGAGGAUUUGGUCCUUGAUGCCCAGAAUCGGCGGUGUUUCUUUAAAGCUGAUGAAGACAAGGAUAUGGCCAAGGCCAUAUUAGAGGCGAAGAAAGAGUUAGACCAGUUUGAUGAUUUGCUUAAUGCUGACAGCUUACUUUUCAGAAGUUCUAGAUGGAAGGUACUUUUCAGUGAUAAUUUUCUGAAGUCGUUCAGAAAACUUAAGUCAAUUCAGUUGAAGAAGUCCGUGCUAAAUCUUCUACUGAAGCUUUCCGGUGGAUGGAGACCUAAAAAGAAAAAUGUCCAGACUAGUUCUGGCUCAUCAUCAAUCUUGAGGCAAUAUAAAGUUGGAGGUCUAUAUAUUGUUUGCACAAUUGACAUUGCAAAGGAGUUGAAAUACAUUCAAGUAUUAAAGGUUUGGGACAUAUUGCCCCUAGAGGACAUCCCAAAAUUGGUAAAUCGUUUGGCUAGUAUUUUCAAGAGAUAUACAGAUGAUUUUAUCAAUCGCUGCAAUGAGAAAUGUCUUGAGGGUAACUUGGAAGUUCCGAAGUGCUGGCCAACCUCUUUGGAUGUGCCUCGGUUUAAAGAUCUUAGUGCCGCUGAAACCGAUAGUGAUUUUGUUGGUGAUGCUUCGGAUGGUAGAAGUUAUGUUGAGAAUUCACAGGUCAGCGAGAGUUUGUUGCUCAUGAAGUUUUAUGCCUUGUCAUCCGGUGUAGUGAAUCACUUGCUGUCUGACCGUGAGGGUAAAGAGUUGGAUCUUCCAUUUGAAGUAACUGACCAGGAAAUGGAGAUUAUCCUUUAUCAUAAAAGUACCUUUAUAGUUGGACGGUCAGGAACAGGGAAGACAACAGUUUUAACCAUGAAAUUAUUCCAAAAUGAACAAUGUCACCAUUUGGCAGAGAAAGGAUGCGGUAGUAGUUCAAAUAGCAUGGCUGAGCCGAGUUCUUCGGCUACUCAGGGGAGAACUCUACACCAGCUUUUUGUUACCGUGAGUCCUAAGCUAUGUUUUGCCAUAAAACAACAUGUUCUACACUUGAAAAGAUUUGCAUGUGGUGGAAGUGAUUCCACCGAGAAAGUUUCGAUUGAUAUGGCUGAUUUUGAUGAGGAGGAAUUUCAAUUCAAGGAUAUCAAGGAUUCAUUUCAGGAUAUUCCGCCCGAUUCUUACCCUCUUGUGAUAACAUUUCAUAAGUUCUUGAUGAUGCUUGAUGGAACACUGACUAACUCAUACUUUGAAAGAUUCCUCGAUCCAACAACACUCACUCACGGUCAAUUGAGAAGCUCAAGAUCGGUUGCAUUGCAGGCCUUCAUCAGGACAAAGGAGGUUAAUUAUGAGAGGUUCAGUUCAUCUUACUGGCCCCAUUUUAAUAUGCAGUUAACAAAGCAGCUUGAUGCUUCAAGAGUCUUUACGGAGAUUAUAUCUCAUAUUAAAGGUGGUUUAGGAGCCAUAGAAGCAGUUGAUGGCCGACUCGGGAGGGAGGAUUAUGUUCAACUGUCAGAGGGCAGGGUUUCCAAUUUAAGCAAGCAAAAGAGAGAAGUAAUCUACGACAUAUUUCAGGCUUACGAAAAAAUGAAGCUGGAAAGUCGUGAAUUUGAUUUGGCUGAUUUUGUCAUUGAUCUUCACCGUCGGAUCAGGCACGAAAAAUUUGUGGGUGAUCAAAUGGAUUUUGUCUAUAUUGAUGAAGUUCAAGAUCUCACCAUGAGCCAAAUUGCUCUGUUCAAGCAUAUGUGCAACAAUGUCGAAGACGGUUUUGUUUUUUCUGGUGAUACGGCACAGACCAUUGCCAGGGGAAUUGAUUUUCGGUUCCAAGAUAUACGACAUCUGUUCUACAAGAAGUUUGUAUUGGAAUCAAGAGGCAAUAAGCAUCAGGAAAGAAAAGAAAAGGGGCAAAUCUCAGAAAUAUUUCACUUGACUCAGAACUUCCGUACGCAUGCUGGCGUUCUGAAAUUAUCACAGAGCAUUGUCGAACUACUUUAUCGUUUUUUCCCUCUAUCUAUAGAUAUUUUAAAACCUGAAACCAGUCUGAUAUAUGGGGAAGCUCCGGUACUGCUUGAAUCCGGAGAAGAUGAAAAUGCAAUCAUCAGAAUUUUUGGAAAUAGUGGAAUUGAUAAUUCUAACAUAGUUGGCUUCGGAGCAGAGCAAGUUAUUUUGGUCCGUGAUGUUGGUGCUCAGAAAGAAAUUUUCAAAAUCGUUGGGAAGCAGGCUCUUGUCCUGACCAUAGUGGAAUGCAAGGGGCUUGAAUUCCAGGAUGUACUCUUGUACAAUUUUUUUGGAUCAUCGCCACUUAAAAAUCAAUGGAGGGUGAUAUAUGAUUACAUGAAGGAGCAAGAUUUACUUGACUCAACAUUGCCUCAACGAUUUCCAAGUUUCAGCGAAGCUAAACACAACAUCUUAUGCUCUGAACUGAAGCAAUUAUAUGUUGCUGUUACUCGGACGAGACAAAGAUUAUGGUUUUGCGAGAAUGUAGAAGAGCUCUCCAAGCCCAUGUUUGACUACUGGAAGAAGAAAUGUCUUGUACAGGUUAGACAACUGGACGAUUCCCUUGCACAGGCAAUGCAAGUUGCUAGUAGUCCUGAGGAGUGGAAAUCACGAGGCAUUAAGCUCUAUCAUGAACAUAACUACGAAAUGGCCACAAUGUGCUUUGAAAGAGCUGGUGAUACUUAUUGGGAAAGGAGGUCCAAAGCUGCUGGCCUUAAAGCUAUCGCUGAUCGAAUGCGGACUUCAAAUCCUUCAGAGGCCAAUACCAUUCUUAAGGAAGCUGCCGAGAUAUUUGAUGCUAUAGGCAAGGCAGAUUCCGCAGCUAGAUGUUUUUCUGAUUUGGGAGAGUAUGAAAGAGCAGCUAGGAUUUAUUUGGAUAAAUGUGGUGAUUUGGAAAGAGCUGGGGAAUGUUUUUCUCUAGCAGGAUGCUAUCAAGAUGCUGCGGAUGUGUAUGCUAAGGGCAAUUUUUUCUCCGAGUGUCUAUCUGUUUGUGCCAAAGGAAAGCUAUUUGAAAUGGGUCUGAAAUACAUAAAAUAUUGGAAGCAGCAUCCAAUAAAAGACUCUGCUGUGGCUCGAAGGGGAGAAGGAAUGGAUGAAAUUGAGCAGGCAUUUCUUGAGAGCUGUGCACUUCACUAUAACAAGUUGAAAGAUAACAGAUCCAUGAUGAAUUUUGUUAGAGCUUUUCAUUCUAUAAUUUCAAUGCGAAACUUUUUGAAGGAACACGCUGGUCUUGAUGAGCUUCUUUUGUUGGAAGAAGGAUUUGGAAACUAUCUUGAGGCAGCAGAAAUCGCAAAACUAAAAGGUGAUAUUAUACUUGAAGCUGAUUUCCUUGAAAAGGCUGGCAAGUUCAGAGAGGCAUCAUUGCAUAUUCUAUUCUAUGUGCUUGCCAACUCUCUUUGGUCAUAUGGCAGCAAGGGAUGGCCCGUAAAGCAGUUUUCACAAAAGGAGGAGCUUUUAUCAAAAGCCAAGUCAUGUGCUAAGAACGAGACAGAAAGCUUUUAUGAGUUUGUUUGCACUGAGGUUGAAGUUUUGUUAAAUGAGCAGAGUAACUUGUUUGUGUUGAAAAAUCACAUGAAUGCUUGCCAGAGACACAGUAGUGUUGGAGGUGAAAUUUUAUCUUCUCAAAAAAUACUGGAUGCACAUCUUUCUUCAAGCGCUGAUAAGUAUGUGUGGGAGGAAAUGUUGGUUGAUGAUCUGAUAAAGUGUUCAGCAAACGGAAUAUCUGAAAAUCAAGUUUCCAUGGACUCGUUGAUUUACUUCUGGAAUUUUUGGAAGGAUAAAAUUGCUCACAUAUUUGAAUAUCUCAGAUGCCUCGAAACCCAGGAAGUUAGUGAAUACAAAAGUUAUGGAGAGUUUUGUUUGAAUUACUUAGGAGUUUGGAGAAUGUAUCAUAAUCUGAGUCCAGUCUAUGUUUUGCUGAUUCCUGAUGCUGAUUGGGUUUGUGGUUUGAACAAAGAUAUUUUAGAAAUCAAGGGAAAUUGGUCUCCAUUGAUGCUCACCAGCUUGCUUCAGCCGCCAGGAAUUAUUGGAGUUCAGAAUUGCUCUCUGUUGGCAUGAAGGUUUUGGACAAGCUCGAAAAGCUCUACAAGUUUCCCAUCAAGAAUGCUGACUCAGUGUUCUGUCGAAGCAGGUGUCUUACCUAUAUCUGUGAGGUCUCAGUAUAUCUUUUGCAAUCAAAAUGUUUGACCUUAAGGUAUCAUGAUGCUG